CUUUCCUCAAAAUUUGGUCUUCCUAUAAGAAAACAUGAGCAAACAGUCUAAGGCUUUCAGAAUCUUAAUCUUAACGGUGUCUGCGAUCUUCAAAAGAAAAUUACAGACUGAGAUGGACAGCAGUAAUUGUAAAGUUAAUGCUCCUCUCCUAAGUCAAAGAUACCGGAGGAUGGUCACAAAAGAUGGCCACAGCACACUUCAAAUGGAUGGUGCUCAAAGAGGCCUUGCUUAUCUUCGGGAUGCUUGGGGAAUCCUAAUGGACAUGCGCUGGCGCUGGAUGAUGCUGGUCUUUUCUGCUUCUUUUGUUGUCCACUGGCUUGUCUUUGCAGUACUCUGGUAUGUUCUAGCUGAGAUGAAUGGUGAUCUGGAAAUAGAUCACGAUGCCCCACCUGAAAACCACACUAUCUGUGUGAAGUACAUCACCAGUUUCACAGCUGCAUUCUCCUUCUCCCUGGAGACGCAACUUACAAUUGGUUAUGGUACCAUGUUCCCCAGUGGUGACUGUCCAAGUGCAAUCGCCUUACUUGCCAUACAAAUGCUCCUAGGCCUCAUGCUAGAGGCUUUUAUCACAGGUGCCUUUGUGGCGAAGAUUGCACGGCCAAAAAAUAGAGCUUUCUCAAUUCGCUUCACUGACUUAGCAGUAGUAGCUCACAAAGAUGGCAAACCUAAUCUUAUCUUCCAAGUGGCCAACACCCGGCCCAGCCCUCUAACCAAUGUUCGGGUCUCAGCUGUACUCUAUCAGGAAAGAGAAAAUGGUGAACUCUACCAGACCAGCGUGGACUUCCAUCUUGAUGGUAUCAGUUCUGAGGAAUGUCCGUUCUUCAUCUUCCCGCUAACCUACUACCAUGCCAUCGUCCCAUCAAGUCCACUAGCUACCCUCCUUCUCCAGCAUGAGAACCCUCCACACUUUGAACUGGUUGUGUUCCUCUCAGCAAUGCAAGAAGGCACCGGAGAAAUCUGCCAAAGGAGGACAUCCUACCUACCAUCCGAGAUCAUGUUACAUCACCGUUUUGCAGCUCUAAUAACUCGAAGUUCCAAAGGUGAGUAUCAAGUCAAGAUGGAGAAUUUUGACAAGACUGUUCCUGAACAUCCAACUCCUGUGGUCUCUAAGAGUCCACACAGGACUGACCUAGAUAUCCAUAUCAAUGGACAAAGCAUUGACAAUUUUCAGAUCUCUGAAACAGGGCUGACAGAAUAAGACUCACCCACACCAUCUCACUUCUUAAUGUAUUAAAUAUAUCCAGCCAGUUAUGCAGCUAUUUUCCUUCACUGAAUCUCAUGCUUCCUUUUUCUCAAUGCUGAUUACAUCAUGUCUAUGCCCACAAAAAAAAGGCUAAGCUAACUAUAUACAUCCCUGAAAACAAAAAAGUUUAUACUAUCAAGUUUAUAUCAGUGAUAAUUUGCUCAAAUCAAGGCAACUCAAUCUGAUAGGUACCCAUUGUAGCAUGGUAUCAAUGACGAGGAUAAAACGGACAGUGACGGCUAAUACAGCUGAACUCUAAGAAAAUCGGCUCUCAUUUUCAUCUGUAAACUGAAGCAACAGUCUAGAUUCAAACAUAGCUUCCUGGGUGGAAAGCUGAUUUUACAAUAUUUAGUGAAUAUCCUUUUACAACUUUUAUUUUUUUCAAGACAGCAAACGUCAUUCCAUUGAUUCUUUAAGCUACAAAAAUAGGGUAUUAUCUUCCCAAUUUUUAACAGCAAGGAGCAAAAAUACAAAAGAAAAGUGACAAUAUAGAUAACCGCAAAAACAUUUGACUACAACACCCAAAUACAUAUACGUAUGUUCAUGUAUUUAUGCAGAAUAUUCAAACAAGUAAGAAAAGUUCUGGCCCAGACAAAACCUGCAGGGUGGUGUUUCUGGCAAGAGUUGCAAAGCUGUGUGUUCCUACUAUCUUAAACUCGGACUUGCAUAAUACUCAAGUAGUAAUCUGAAAGCUGAUCACCUCCUCAUCUGAGCUGCCCCCACCCUCAGUAAAAGCAGUGUCUUCGGACUCAUGACACAUUCAAUGACAUAGGAAAAGUUCUACAAACUUCCUAAAUACACACAUGUAUUAAGUUUUUAUAGAUAUGAAAGUUUCAUUAAGAUAUAACUCAACUAGGAAAAAAUCUACAAUAGACAAAGCAGAAAAUUAGGUAACAAAGUAUUUUCAAACCCAAAUUCCUGUUUCCAACAUCAAAUAGUUUUUUCUAUAAACACAAAAUGAGUGUUUAUUUACCAGUAGGAGGCUGGACUAGAUGAUCUCUAUUAUUUCUUUCCAAGUCUAAUAUUCCAUGAAAACUAUGCUUUCUCUGCCUGAUUUUAUUUUAUAUAUACUAAGAUGAAUGCUUUUUUUUUACCCAGCUUAAGGAAAUUCCUUGAAUAAUUUUCAUUUCAAUUAAAAAAUUGAGCUGUCCUCCAGCAAAAUAAAAAAAAAUGAUACUAUCAGGUUUCAAAGAGAUCUGUGUAACUGUAUGCCUCCUCUUCCAUUUCCCUUAUUUGGGAUUAAGUGGGGAAAGUACAAAAUUAAUUUUCAAUGUGGUGGAUGACCCUGGCAGGAUCAUCUCAAAAUACAUACCAAGUAACAGUAAUGUUACAGAGAACCGCAAGUCACAUUUUUCUACUCUGACAGAAGGAAAAAAAAAAUAAAGAACAACUCUGGAGAGCCCUAAGACUAAUAAUAGCAGAAGACUAUUAGCACAACCCUAUUUCUUAUGAAAUUUUGCUGUUUAAAAAUUGCAGGCAUAAACUCUGCUAUGGCGGGCAGAGCAACUCAAGACUGCUGAUAAAGACAGCAGAAAUCUGUACUAAUAAAAUUAACCUGACCAGUAAAAAAAAAUAUAACCUUAUCUGAGACUCCCUGUUACUUACACAGAUUACAAGUUUAUCAAGCUGCCUGAGGAGACAGUGAAUACAUUAAAACACUUUAAACCCAAAUCUCCCUACAGACAUUUCAUUUCAUAGUUACUAGUCAGAUAAAAUCUGAUAUCUGAAAAUUUGUUGGUAGGGGUUGGAGAGAGAGCUCUGUGGUUAAGAGCACUGACUGCUCUUGCAGAGGACCUUAGUUUGAUUCCCAGCAUCCUCAUGGCAAUGCAUCUCUUUAACUCCAGUUUCAGCAGAUCCAAUAUCCUCCUCCUGGCAUCCCUAGGCACUAGAGACACACACACAUUGCGCAGACAAACACUCACAUACAUAAAAAAUAAUUUUACAAGAAAUGUAAUUCAAAUUCAAUGUUCAGGGAAAAGAAAGAUUCUGGGAACACUGUACAUAAUUCAUUUAUUUCAAAGAAUCAUGGCUUCUAGGAUUAAUUUUUCUGCAGAGACCAUUAUCCCCUCAGGAAUAUGGAAUGCAAAUCAAGAAAGGAAGAAAUCACUGGGAACUCAUAUACUCAACAAGGAAGACCACUUAACAGCCAAGUAAAGUUACUCUUGGAAACCAAUAAGAAAGCAUGACAGUUUUAAAUAACUGAAGACAAGCAGUUACUAAGAUUCUUCAAAUUAGAUUUAUGCUUGAAAAGUAUAUACUACUAGCUGCCAGGAAAAAAAAAUAUGUAACUUAAAAAAAUAAUAAUAAAAACAUUGUCUAUCUCCAAGUACCUCACAACAAAAAGCAUAUUGUAUCUUACAAUUCAACCUAAUAGGUAUCCAUGUUGGUGGAGUUACAAAGAACACUGUACUAUUUCUAGAUACUUCACAUAAAAAUAUAAAAUGUA